AUGGCAAAGGGUGGCUAUUACGCAGUGGCCGCGGGUCGCUAUUACGCAGUGGCCGCGGGUCGCUCGACUGGCAUCUUCACGACGUGGGGGGAGUGCGAAGCUCAGGUGAAAGACUUCACUGGCUGCAGAUACAAGAAGUUCAAGACCCAGAGCGAGGCGCAGGCGUUCAUCGACGCCUACAACGGCGCACAGUCAACCCCUAAAGCUAAAAGACCUAGAGAAGAGAGUACCGUGGCUGACGAUGAAUUGAGACCACCUCCCGCUCAGAAACUUAAACCCAAUGAGACUCCGAAAUCUACCGCCACAACUGCUAAUGGCACUCAAUUAACCGACAAUUCCAAGCCCAGUGGAGGUUGGUGGUACGCUGUGGCCAAAGGGAGGAAGACGGGGGUCUUUCGGACGUGGAAAGAAGCCAAAAUACAAGUGGAAAACUUCUUCAGGGCCAGUUUCAAGAAAUUCCCGACAAAAGAGGAGGCCGAGGCUUUCGUGAACCAACAUGCAACCGCUACAAAGAGCCAGGAAGGAAAUCCUGACCCAAAAGAUCCGACUACUUUAGUGGCUUUCUGUGAUGGUAGUGCACUAGAGAACGGACGUCGGAAAUGUCGUGCAGGAUACGCCUGUAUAUUCCCACACUGUGAGGAAUGGAAUGUAGCCAAGACGUUAGUGGAGGAUCGAGCCACGAACAACAGGGCGGAGUAUAUGGCGGCACUGGAAGCCAUGAAGCGUGCCAAUUUAGAGGACCCGGAGGGAUCGCGCAUGUUAUUCAUCUUCUCAGACAGUAUGCUUCUGAUCCGAUCCAUGACGGAAUGGAUCGGAACGUGGCAAAAGAAGAAUUGGCUGAAAUCUGAUGGAACGCCAGUGCAGAAUCGCGAUCUCCUGGAGUUCCGUUCGGACUGCUACUGCUGUUGGUGCUCGCGGUUGCCGCUACUGUGCAUGGCCUCGAGGUUGCUGCGCCGGCUCACCUCCGCCAUUUGUAAGGAGAUGACCAGCAACCCCAACAGCCAGAGCAACCGGAGCAGCCAGAACAACCAGAGCAGCCUGUCACACAGCGUGGAGGAGGCUAUAUGA